AUGCCGGCUCCAGACGCGUCCCCGGCGCGGCCCUUUGAGGAGGAGGAGGAGCCGCCGCCGCAACCUCCAGCUGUCGGGGAAACUCCUGCCGCUGCCGCCGCCGCCGCUGCCCCCUCCUCCCUCACGCGUGCCCGUCCGUCCGCGUCCCCACCUCUUAGCCGCCAACCAGCGGCCGCCCGCAGGCCGCGGCGGCGCCCGGCGGGCCGCGCACGGCGGCAGGUUCGCAACCGCCGGCGGCGGCUCGGGAGCUGCGAGCCGGGCGGCGGCAGCGGCGGGGCCGGGGCGCCGCGGGGGCUGCUGGGGGCGGCGGGAGAGGCGGAGCGGGGCGGGCCCGGCGCUGAGGCGGAGAAGGAGGAGGAGGAAGACGGAGGGGGGGGGGGGGGGGGGCCCCGGCUGGCGUGCGGGCGCCCUUGGCCAUUGUCCCGCCGGGGAGCGGGGAACGGGCCGCCCCGGGGGUAUUUCCCUGCGAGUGCGUCCAGAUUGCCUUGUUCUCCUUCCCAAAGAAACUGCUCCGGGCCGUGGUUUACAGUAAUAAAGAGCCGGGGGCGGGGGGGAAACCAACCAGAACACGAGGUUCUGCUUAGAAACCUUCGUCUAAACCAGCCUGUUACCCUGAGGCGGGCGGAGGAGGUGAUGGGCACCGACCCAAACCCAGGAGAGAGCGGUGUUACCCGGUACCGACCUUCUGCUGCAUGGCCAUCACCCAAACCACUGUGCGUAAAGAUUGCGAUGUUUUCCCAGCAGCGUUGGGCCUGUUUCCCACUGAACUCCCAACUGAUCCUUAUUUUGGGAGCCGAAAGGUGAUUGGGAUGGUGCGUUCAAAAGUUCGGGUGGAUGGGUCAUGGUGCCCUCCACGUGAUGCCACCCAUGGUGCCCACGGGUCUGUGCACGGAUGGGUGUCGUUCUUGAGUAACACCGAAGAGGAAAGAAAGGCCAUUUUCCUCACACCUUGUUCUGUCCUCAGGUAGGAGCACAAGAGAACACCAGUGAAAGCACUGAGCCAUCCCAUGUCAUCUCUUUGAACCUUCAUUUUGAAUUCCCUUAGUUUUAAGUUCGAUUUCAUCUAGAAGUACAGUUGUUCCGGAAUAGUUAUUUGCACCCUAUUCCAAUUCAGCUGAGCUAAGGUAAACACAUCUUUAAGACAGAAGGGAUGGGCAAUAUAUUUGUCUCUUUGUACAUCAGGCAUUCUCUCUCUAGCUAGUGUUUGGUCUCUUAUUAUCUUAAAGUUGACAUUUUUAUAGCAUUGUACUAGGGAAAUGCUCACAGUACGAUUAUGCUAUUGAAUAUGAUAUUAUGCUGAUAGCUUUGUGGAAGUUAAAGAUCUAAUAAUAUUUUCAAUAUCUUAUGGUAUAAAUGUUCUGGCAUGCAUGACUUCUCAGUUAAAAGUUUAUUCAUAUUAAAGAGGAUGUGAAAGGGGAUGGUCACAAUUUCUAAGUAUCUUUUUGCAUGAAAAUUCUUGCUGCAGAGAAAAUUACAGUUGUUCCUGAAAGAAAGUGUUCACGUAUGAAGUUAUUUAAGAAUAGGCUGUCGCUGUGUAAAUCCCUAUGAAGACUUGCCAUUUAGUCAAUACGUGAACCAUUGUUGUGCACAUCAAACCUAUGCCAGUUGCUGCAUUACCAGCAUCUCGAGCAAUUAAGUAAUGCCUUUGUCACUGCUUGAGUUUAAUAAAACUUUCCAUAAAGACAAUUAUCAUUAUAUUGUAGAUAAACCACCUUUCAAUCCCUAUUUAUAAAAAGGAAAACUACAUAAGUAUAAAAUUUCACUGGAACAAAUGCCACGUUAUUCCAGCACAGUAUAUCUUGUUUUGCUUGGGUUGCACUGAUACAAUAAAAU